UGGCAACCAAAGAAAACCAAGCAACACACAAGGAGGAGAUGAACAGCAUCCUACUGCUGCCACUUUCCACUGCUGAGACUGUCAGGAGUCUGGUCUGUCCCUUUGGCGCGCGCGCUGCUUUUUCAACUCCAACCUGCUGCUUUAAAAGCCCUUAAAGAGCUUUAAGGGAACUUUAACAUUUACUGGUUUAUUUUUGUUGUUGCUGCUGAGUUGAUGCUCUAAAGGAGAGAGCAUGCUUCAUUUGUGUUAAGGGGUUGGCAUGUGCGCUGCCCCGCCGCCGCUGCCAAACUGGAGGGUCGCGGUUCGCGCAUCGGGGCGCUCCUGCAGGGGCUGGGAUGCGCGCCCGGUACCUCCCGAUUCCUUUCAGGCUUCGGCGCUGAGCAGCAGCGCCCGCAGGAGUCGAGCAGGGCUGCGAGGAGCCGCUCCACACGGAGCAGGAUGCCGGUGAUGAGGGGACUUCUCGCCCCGCAGAACACCUUCCUCGACACGAUCGCCACGCGCUUCGACGGCACCCAUAGCAACUUUGUGCUGGGGAAUGCCCAAGUACAGUCCCUCUACCCCAUUGUGUACUGCUCGGAUGGGUUCUGUGAGCUGACAGGCUAUGCUCGUGCUGAACUAAUGCAGAAGAGCUGCGCGUGCAACUUUCUGUAUGGACCCGAGACCAGCGACAAACUGACGUCACAAAUCCAGAGUGCUUUGGAUGACCGACGGGAAUUUAAGACCGAACUGGUUUUCUACAAGAAAGGAGGUACUCAGUUCUGGUGUCUGCUGGAUAUCGUGCCCAUUAAAAAUGAGAAAGGAGAGGUUGUGCUGUUCCUCGUGUCCCAUAAAGACAUCACAGAUAAUAAGAAGGAUCAGGAUGCAGAGCAGUGUCCUGAGAUGGAUGAGGAGACAGGGCUGGAGGUUCACAAGGUCGCACGGCCGCAGGGCUUUAACACUAACCGGCGGCGCAGCAGAGCCGUGCUGUACCAGCUAUCAGGGCAUCUGCAGAAACAAGACAAGGGCAAACUCAAGAUCAACAACAAUAUGUUCGGCGAGAAGCCACCCAUCCCAGAGUACAAGGUAGCAGCCAUUCAGAAGUCCCGCUUUAUCCUUCUUCAUUACGGUACCUUCAAGGCUGGCUGGGAUUGGCUGAUUCUUUUAGCCACCUUUUAUGUGGCAGUCACCGUCCCCUAUAACGUCUGCUUUGCUGUGGUUGGUGGACGGGACGAAACGACUACGACCAGAAGUCCGCCAAGUGUCAGCGACAUCUUGGUGGAGAUCCUUUUUAUGCUAGAUAUUGUGUUGAACUUCCGCACCACGUUUGUGAGCACAUCAGGCCAGGUGGUGUACGACGCUCGCUCCAUCUGCGUGCACUACGUCACCACCUGGCUUUUUGUGGACCUGAUUGCUGCAUUACCAUUUGACCUGCUCUACGCGUUCAACGUCAGUGUGUUCUUUGGAGUUCAUCUUCUAAAGACAGUUCGGUUGUUAAGACUCCUGCGCUUACUACAGAAGCUGGAGCGCUACUCGCAGUACAGUGCUGUGGUUCUCACCUUGCUCAUGUCGAUGUUCGCUCUGCUGGCUCACUGGAUGGCCUGUGUCUGGUACUUUAUUGGGCGCUGUGAGAUCGAGAGUAAUACGCCUGGAACCUGGGAUAUUGGCUGGCUGCAUGAGUUGGCCAAACGUCUGGACAUGCCAUACUUCCUCUCUCCCCACACACCCACCCUUCCAGAUUCACUGCGGCCCAACAACCUGGACGGUUUGAGUGGCAACGUGAGCCAGUGGAACUCCACCAGCAGUGAUUUAGUGGGGCAGGACACCGCAGCCAACUCCAGCCAGUGGAACGGGACAGGGGCGGGGCCAGCAGAUGGUGUGCUGAGUGGGGGCCCCUCUGUGCGGAGCUCUUACGUAACCUCGCUUUACUUUGCUCUAAGCAGUCUGACCAGCGUGGGAUUCGGAAACGUCUCAGCUAACACCGACUCUGAGAAGAUCUUCUCCAUUUGCACCAUGUUGAUUGGAGCGCUGAUGCAUGCCGUAGUCUUCGGUAACGUGACAGCCAUCAUCCAGCGUAUGUACUCUCGCCGCUCACUUUACCACACACGCACCAAAGACCUAAAGGAUUUCAUCCGUGUUCACCGACUGCCCAAGGCCUUGGAACAGCGCAUGCUGGAGUGCUUUCAGACUACAUGGUCCGUUAACAAUGGCAUCGACGUCAGCGAGUUACUGAAGGACUUCCCAGAUGAGCUGAGAGCAGACAUCGCCAUGCACCUGAACAAAGAGCUGCUGCAGCUGCCGCUUUUUGAGUCAGCCAGCCGCGGGUGUCUACGCUCACUCUCGCUUAUCAUCAAGACGUCCUUCUGCGCACCCGGAGAGUUCCUCAUCCGCCAGGGCGACGCGCUGCAGGCCAUCUACUUUGUGUGCUCGGGUUCCAUGGAGGUGCUCAAGGACAACACAGUGCUGGCCAUACUGGGUAAAGGCGACCUGAUCGGCUCGGACUCUCUGACGAGGGAGCAGGUGAUUAAGACCAACGCUAACGUAAAAGCUCUGACCUACUGUGACCUGCAGUACAUCAGCCUGAAGGGACUGCGUGAGGUGCUGCGCCUCUACCCCGAGUACGCGCAGAAAUUUGUCAGCGAGAUCCAGCACGACCUCACCUACAACCUGCGUGAGGGCAACAACACGGAUGUGGACUGGGAGAGCAACGGUGGCCUGGUGAAGAAACUUCCUUCCAUUCGUGAGGACGAGGAGAAUGACGAAGAACAGCACUCUGUGUCAAGGGCACCUCGCUCACCUCUGCGUCUUACAAGGGGGCUAAACUCACCCCUGCGCUCACCCCUCCUUCCCCCAAGGCCCUUUCGUCCCCCCUCUGAUCACAGCCGCCCUGCCACUCUUCAGAUACCCGUGGUCAGCUUCAGCAGUGCCCCUCCAGAGCUCAGCCCUAGGUUUGUGGAUGGCAUUGAGACAGAGAGCAGUUCUGGUUUAGCACACAGGUUUGAGUUCAGCUCUAACCUACCUCAUAGUGGUCCUUCAUCCCCCAGUCCAGUGAGCCAAGAGCAGGUGGAAACCAGGCAGAGCAUCAGCAAACUGAGCGAAGAGAUGAACAGCUUGUCAAAACAGGUCUCCCAGCUCAGUCAUGAAUUGCAGGAGAUGACUCGCCUCCUGCGCCCUCUGUUCCUCACUGCUGCUCAGCCACUCCUCUCAACUCCUCCACCACCGAUGACUUUACCUGGCAGUAGUCCGUCCAUCACCUCUCCUGUAGCCUCUUGUCCUCCAACCCUAACCUGCUCCCUACUGGACAUCGCAGACCCUGUGGGGGUGGUAGGCCUUCCCAGCUGUCUCAUACCCACCAGCCCUCCUCAGAGACUGCAAUCCCAGGGGUUUUGUUCAAAUGGCUCCCCUCAUGCCAGCUUGUCCCAUUUAGAGACCAUUCAAAAAGAUGGCACAGGGGCAGGGCAGCAUGACAUCCCUCUUGGCCCUACCAAUGGCUAUGGGAAGGGAGCUCCAGACAGGCUUGCCUCUUGCACCACUUCAUCCUCUCUUUCCUUCACCCUUUCUAUAUCCUCAUCCCGCUCCCAGUCACCUUCCUUGACACCUUGUCAAGGACCACACCCCUCCUGCCCCAGCAACUGCACACAUGGCCUGUUGCUUCCCCCAUCAUCACAAGACAUCUCGCCAUCUUCCCAGGUGAACCCACCCCCACCACACUCCCAUUGCUCAGCACCUGCUUCACUAAGUAACUCCCCAGGUGACCACAGACUGAAGGACGGCCCCUCUCCAGCCUCCUCUGCCUCCACACCCCUACUUCAGACCAUGCCCUGUUCCACCGCAUCCUGCCCACACCCCUCCUCUCUCGUGCUGUGUUCUCUGAGAGAUGGCCAGGGGUCGAUGGGCUUCCCGUGGCGCCGGCAGACCUCUAGCUGUGCCCAGGCAAUGUCUGGCACUGAGCAACCUCAGCUGGAACUGGAGAUGCAGGAGUGGGAUACAGGAGGAAAGAGCUCAACAGAGCACAUCAGCUUCAUCGAUGAGGAAGGACCACCACUGUGAAUGGGAGGGGAGCAGUAGCACAACUAGGAGCUGGACUGCAGCACAUUAAUACAUCAGAUCAGGGUGGGAGGAUAAGAGGAAUUUGAGUUUUAUCCAGAAAGUAAAUCAGGGUCUAUCUACCAUACAAGUAGGCAAAGAGAUCUGCUUUUCUUCAAGGCUGUGGCUUUCCUAACUGGUCCUGAUGGCAUCUUGCACCAUCUCAACACACCAAAACCUGAUACCAGCCAAUCACAACCAUAUCAGCACAGAGAGGCCUGUGUCACUCUGAACAGAUACGAGCUCUUCUCCAGUGGCAUUAUAAGACGCACAUGAAAGCUCAAAUUGGUAUGGUGCAUGGCAACCAAAACUCGUAAUGAACCAACCAAACCCAACCAACUUUGUAAUAAGUACGUACUUGAUCUAUGAAGAGUUCAUGUUGGUUAUUCUGAAUGGGUACAUGUUGAUCUUGUAGGCCUGAAUAUGGGAGAUGGCAUGUGUUUGUAAGCACAUGUUACCCUCUACUGCCAAAACAUUUGUGCUUUAUGUAUAGCUAAUCAUAGGUCACAGAUGCAUCUACCUGCUCUGAUUUUUCACAGCAAUUAGGUAGAUGAAUGAAUGUGUUACACUAUAGCACACAUCACUCUCGGUUUCUUCUCUCUAUUUGAGCAUAAGUAGACAGCACAAGUGUAUGUCAAGACCCAUUCAUUGCAUAUUUAUUUAGACUGGGAAUGUGGAGCAACUUCACACCAACUUCACACAGCACACAUUUUUGUCAUGCCUUAUUCAAUCCACUUCUUUACAGAGCUUUUCCACUAUAUUGUAAUAGACUGAUUUAACUCAUGGCCCUCAUUAGUAUGAGGAUUCCCAGGCUACUGAACCAGAAGGAAGCUGUAGACUAAUGGAUUUUGAAGGGUACCCUUCAUUUUAGGUUUACCUAGUGCAUACAUAUACAUAAUGCCACAUAGCAUGUGGUUGUUACAUGGAAUAAUGGCCAAUAACCUAGUGUGGUUCUCUGAGGAGCUCCGUUCUCUAAGUGUGACCACAACAGGCAUUACAAUAAGACAAUCAAAACAAACUACUAAUAGGGACCCAGACAGACAUACAAAAUAUGCCAAUUUACAAAAACCACACUGCCCUAGCCUGGCAUGCCAAAUAGUGGGAAGACUGAGUAUGGCAAAGUAUGAUAGCAUGCCAAAUAGUGUCCAUUUGGGAGUUAAGUUAAAUACACCCAGGAACAUAUGGUGGAUAGCCAAAUUCAAGGACACAGAGUUGGCAUGCCAUACAUCGCAAUGACUAUGAACUGCACACAAGGGAUAGGCAUAGAAAAGAGUAAAUCCCCAAGUGCAAGUUUGACUAAAACAACAAACACACGCAGCUUUAGCCAUCCAGCCACGUGUGCCUUUCCUAUUACCAUCCAACAUCUCCAGAACAUCUCCCCAUUUGUUUUCUGUUCGUUCUUACAAAACGGUUUCAGUUAUAUCAUACGUUAACGAGCACUGCACUUUUAUCUCCUCGUAAUUAUUUAUUUAACUAUUUAUUUGUCUGUUUAUUUAUUUAUCCAUCGCGUCGAAUGAGAGUCUUACAAGCAGAAGUGCUCAGGUGAAUAUUUCUACACUCGGUUCCGUUUGACAAAACCUAUGAAAGCAAGUUUAUUGUCACAUUAAGUCACACACCGUGAUGGUGAUCAGCAGCUACAUUUCUGCAGGUGAAAUCAACCAAGGUUUCUAAGCUUGAAAAA